AAAUAUCCUCUAUCGCAAAACGCUUGUUACGCAUUUCCAACUUUUAAUUUAUGCAGGUGAUCAAUGACGAAAAUAUGCAUCGCGAAAGAGUGUUUGUCCAGCCUCAGCUGAUGCCAAGAUUGGAAAGGCGGACAUUUUUCGCUUUGCAAAACGUGGAUCAAAAUGGAAUGGAUUUAGAAAUUCGACCUGCUCCGGGAUUCCAAGAGAGGUCAGGUGGAUAUUGGCGGCCAGAAGAUGCAGAUUACAUUACUGAGAUCCAAGCAGUUGAACAAUGUUCCAAAGCUCCCAGACGAGCGCCGUUGCCCAAGGCUAUUUUCACGUCCUCAACACCUCAGCCAAGUAGAACUCGUUAUGAGUGCAUGUAUGCUGAAAGGACUAGAUUAAGAAUAUUACCACCUGGUCCCGAAUAUCCAGGAUCACCCCAAAGGAUUGCGUAUUUGCAAAAUGAGCUCGACAGUAUGAUGAAUUCUCGUGCACGAGAGAGGUUCGUGGGGAAACCCAUGCGUCUGAGAGGAGGUGGAGGAAAAAGCAGGGUUCCGGAACCAGUUCCACCAACUAUGGAUGAAAUGCUUUCAAAAAUGCUAGCUGGUGGCUUUUCAGAAGGGGCGGGGUUCUCUUUGCCACAGGGUCUAGUUCCAACACGUACAACCACUGGAGGCUCCUUCAGACCUGAGCAGGUUCCUCCUCCAGACUACUGUGCAAAUGUAACAACGCCUCCGGGCUGCGUUCGAGACCUUCGCCUUCAAAUCCCCAACACUGGGGAAGUGACCAUCACAGACGAUGUCGGGGAAUGCGAACGACACAAGUGUCCAACCUGGGUCAACUUGGAUGUCAAGUUCAAAGAUGGUUCUUACCAGGUGAACAUUGAAAGACUUCCUGAUGCAGAAUGCGUGGAAACAGCUCGCGUGGCCAAAGUCAGAGCUGAUUUGCUCGGCGAGGAACUACCCGACGAUUGUCCGGUGAAUAAAAAGGAGCAAUCAUGGAAACCAGCUCUGGAUCCAAUAAAAAUUCACAAGCAGCUUUUUGGAGGAGCCACACUAGAUACAGAAACUUUUGAGAAGGUUCGAACCAUGUGGUACUCUGAUGAUCCUAAAAAAAACUUCACCUGUUGUGAAUGUGCUGAUACUCUUGAUGGAGAAGAGGAAUCUGGUCCAGGAGGGGACACAAAGUAUCAGGAAUUGCAAGCAUCCUAUCUUCAAGUUCCUGCUCCACUUGUACCCUUGCACCACAUCAUGGAGAACAUUGAGGGCUUGGAGAGCACAGGUUGGAGCCAUGAGCAUAUCGAGGCACUGACAGCCAAGAGACUACGUUCCUUGACUACUUUACGGCGGAACCUGUGCAAAUACAUGCUCGAAAUGAAAAAUUGCAUGCGAAAAGUCAAAGAACUUUCGCAGUCAGACGCGGAUAAAAUGUUUUAUGCUGCGAAGGUUGCUUCAAAGUUGGCGAUUUUGAGUGAGUCGGAUAUU